GUAUCCUUUCUUUUAGAGAUUCAUCAGGAAGUAUUUACAGAUGAAAUAAUAUGCUAUCUGGGAUUUGCUUCAAAAUAAUCCAGAGAGAUUGGGUAGAGAGUGGAUUGGGUUGUAGUGAUACAGGACUGCCACAAAUUGAAGCUGCAAAAGUAUCUCCUGCACAGGAGGAAAAAAUAAGUGAUAGAUAGGAAGGAGUGAAAAUAGAGAAGCAUAGUCAUAUUUGUCUUUGGUGUUUGAAUGCUAAGGGGUUUGAUAUUUAUGGAGUAUAAUCCACAAUCCAGAAACUUUUUAUUGUUCGCCAACAAUGAGGACCCAACGCAGCCAAAAAAAUGGAUGAAAAGAGGCUACUGGAUCCAGGGUUGCAAGUUCGUAAAGGCCUCUGGGAUUAUACUCUGAAGAACCAGCAGAUGGAAUGCCUGAGUGACUGAAGAAAAUGGGUGCUAAUGCAUCUAACUAUCCUCAUUCAUGUUCCCCGAGGGUAGGGGGAAAUUCUCAAGCCCAACAGACUUUUAUAGGGACAUCAUCCUAUUCUCAGCAAGGCUAUGGUUGUGAAUCAAAAUUAUAUAGCCUUGACCAUGGCCAUGAGAAACCACAAGACAAAAAAAAGAGAACCUCUGGCCUUGCCACCCUCAAGAAGAAGUUUAUCAAGCGUCGAAAAUCUAAUAGGUCUGCUGAUCACGCCAAGCAGAUGCGAGAACUCCUCUCUGGGUGGGAUGUUCGAGAUGUCAAUGCAUUAGUGGAGGAAUAUGAGGGAACUUCAGCCUUAAAGGAGCUUUCUCUACAAGCCAGUUUGGCUAGACCAGAAGCCCGGACAUUGCAGAAAGAUAUGGCCGAUCUUUAUGAGUACAAGUAUUGUACUGAUGUAGACUUAAUAUUUCAAGAAACUUGUUUUCCUGUUCAUCGUGCCAUUUUGGCGGCAAGAUGUCCAUUUUUUAAAACACUGCUUUCUUCCUCACCCGAGUAUGGGGCAGAGAUCAUAAUGGACAUCAGUACAGCUGGUAUAGAUAUGCCCAUGUUUUCUGCGUUGUUACACUACCUUUAUACGGGAGAGUUUGGAAUGGAGGACUCAAGGUUUCAAAAUGUUGAUAUCCUCGUUCAGCUUAGUGAAGAAUUUGGAACACCAAAUUCCCUUGAUGUAGAUAUGCGUGGACUCUUUGAUUACAUGUGUUAUUAUGAUGUCGUCCUUAGUUUUUCUUCAGACUCUGAACUGGUUGAAGCUUUUGGUGGAAAUCAGAACUGUUUAGAUGAAGAGCUCAAAGCUCAUAAGGCUAUUAUUUCAGCACGGUCCCCAUUUUUUCGAAAUUUGUUACAAAGGAGGAUACGGACUGGUGAAGAAAUCACAGACCGAACUUUAAGGACUCCCACAAGAAUUAUUUUAGAUGAGUCCAUUAUACCAAAAAAAUAUGCGAAAGUUAUAUUACACUGUAUGUAUACUGACGUGGUGGACCUCUCCGUUUUGCACUGUAGCCCAUCUGUGGGGAGUCUCAGUGAAGUUCAGGCUCUCGUCGCAGGGAAGCCAAACAUGACUAGGGCAGAAGAAGCCAUGGAACUUUACCACAUAGCACUGUUCUUGGAAUUUAACAUGCUUGCACAAGAGCUGGAAAGAGAUCUUCCAUGGGAAGCAAAGGGAAUUUGCUGGCUUGACAGAAUGCACUCUUAGCUUUCUAUGGCUGUAUAUUAAAAGAAAACAAGCUAUAUGACAUGAAACUACUUGAGAAAUUUAGCUGAUGAGUGUUUGCUAAAAGAACACUAGAAGUUGCCAAUUAGAGAAGAAUGUUAAUGGUUUGGGUAAAAGACAUUAAUUUAAAUAAAGAAAGCUAAGCACAUUUUUCUAACUUGAAAAAAAUGUAUGGCUAAAUCAACAAAUUAAUAAGACUUUGAGAAAUAAAAAUAAAAGCCCCAGUUAAAUAACAAUGUCAGUGACAAAAUGAGAGAGAUUAUCAGAAGACAUUAUAAACAUGAGUGAAAAAGUUAAGAUUUGUAUUACAUAAUCUUAAAAUCUUAUUUUACCGUUACCUGUGUAGUAAUAGUACUAAUUUUGUUUUAUUACCAUAAUCAAAAUGUCAUUAAAAUAUUUUCUUACUAGUUUAAAACAAAAAUUAUUAGUAAUAGUAGACUAUUAGACAUCAGAAUAUAGGAAAAUAUGUCACAAAAAUAACCUAGCAGCUUGACCUACCAUUCUUUCAUUCUGUAAAACCAAAUUUGUCAGAAAAUGCCUCUACAGAAAAAUUUAAAGAUUGCAGCAUUACCAAAAAGAUAUAAUAAUCUCUAUUUUCUCAAAAUGGCUUUAUAUUUUUGACAAGUUUAAAUAAUAAGAAACCAAAAUGUACUGUGUAUACUUUACUGUUUUUAAAAAUGGGAAAGCAUCCCUUAAUGUUUUUUUGUUUGGUUGCUGUUAAGUUUUUAAUGGAAAGUAAAAUGGUGAGCCAGUUCUUGGAUCUUGGAUAAUACUUGACGUAGAGUUCUUUUAUGUUAAGUGAGUUAAAUUUUUUUAUAUAUAUAAUUUAGCUAGAAAUUGUAUUUUUUGGAGCACAUUUAAAGCUAUGAAACAACACUCCUUGCAGAACCUUAAUUUUGGUUACUUAAAACAAGCAAACAAAUAUUCCCUUAAAUUUGGGUGUACAUGACUCUCUGUUUCCUUUCAUUAUUCAAAAUACAGAGUUUGGGUUAUUUGGGGUUUUGUUUUUCGCACCCCAUGUAGGCCUUAUCUUUCUCCCAUACCCAUUAUACUGUUCAUACUAGGAUUUAUAACAGACUGUAACUUCAAUGUAAUUUUUACCUAUUCCCAUGGGAAGGAGAAUAUUUAGUCACUUGGAGAGGGAUUUUAUAUCAUAAAGCCUAAGACCUCAGGCUCUGGUACCAGACAGGCUGGAUUUGAAUCCUUUACUAUCGUGUUUUAACUCGUUUGACCUUAUAAGUCAUCUCUCUAAGCCCCUGUUUUCUCAUUUGUAAAAUAUGCAUAGUAAUGCUAUAAGGUAGGUUUAUGAGGAUUAAAGGAAAUAAUAUAUGUUAAGUGAUCUGAAUAGUGCCCAGUACAUAGUAAGCAUUCAAUAAAUGUUAGCUGCUAAAUGAUAAUCAUCACAACAUACAUUGUUCACUACCACAGUCUUUUCUAAAACUAACUUUUUAAGUUUUAAAAAAUAAUUUUAUAAUUAUAUUGACUAAACUGCAUAUUGAGAAUAGUUUACAGAUUUUUUUUAAGUAAUUACUCUUUUUAAGAUUUUCUUAUAAUUUUAUCACUAGUGAGUUGGUGCAUACCACAUAUCAAACUAUUUUAUCUGGCUGUUUGUCACUCAGCUCUCAGCCAGAGUUCUGCAAGCAGAUUAAACCUAUAAUCCUCUGAGGCAUCUAUUAUGUGUAAUGAAUUAGCAUCUCUCCCAUGCAUCCAGCAUGAUAAUAGUUACAUACCAUUUUGGAGAGAAUUAAGAAAACAGUCACCGAAAUAAUUUUCUGUGUUCUAUGAUUCAGACGAGGACUCCAAGUUAAGAAAGGCUGUGGGACUAGACUGGCAACUUGAGGAUAGGACCAUAUUGUUUUCAUCUUUGUGUCCCCAGUGUCUGGGGCAUAGUAGGCACUCAGUAAAUGUUUAUGAAUUAAUGACUGUUACCUUUUAUUCCAAAUUAGAUUUAACUUUAAAAGUUAAAGCCCAGUUUCAAAAGGAGACAAAUUCUAUCAAGGGAGGCUAGGAACUUGAGACAACAUAUGCCCUUCAGGGUGGAGAGGUGAUUUAAUAGUUUUAAGAACAUCAUAGGGCUCCCCUGGUGGCGCAGUGGUUAAGAAUCCGCCUGCCAGUGCAGGUGUCACGGGUUCGAGCCCUGGUCCGGGAAGAUCCCACGUGCCGUGGAGCAACCAAGCCCAUGUGCCACAAGUACUGAGCCUAUGCUCUAGAGUCUGCGAGCCACAACUACUGAACCCACGCGCCUAGAGCCCAUGCUCCGCAACAAGAGGUGCCACCACAAUGAGAAGCCCGCUCACUAUAAUGAAGAGUAGCCCCCGCUCGCCACAACUAGAGGAAACCCAUGCACAGCAACGAAGACCUAAUGCAGCCAAAAAUUAAAUAAAUAAGUAAAUUUAUUUUAAAAAUUAAAAAAAAAAUAAAAUAACAUCAUAAAAAGAGGCAAUAUAGGCAGACAGCUGGAGUGGUUUGGCAAGUAGAUAAAAGGGAGGAUUCCUGACCUACAUUGAGAAUGUGUUUUAUUCAGACAAGUAGGCAAUCACUGUUAAGGAGGUGAAUUAACAGGUAAUGAGGCCUCAACUUACUGUGUGCCACCCUUUAUUAAGCUCCCAUGAAUACAUGGGUUAGUACUUUUUCAUUUUGCUUCAGUGGUCCAUCUGUCUGUUCUUGCAUUAAUAUCACUUGCAACCAGGUGGCAAAUCCUGACCUCUGCCCCCUCAAUUCCCUUCUAAACACAAGAGACCUGAGAUUUAUUUUCAAACGAAGUGAACUAGAGAGAUUCCACAUCUGGAAAUAACAAUAAAGAAGGGUGGGGGUAAGGCUCAAGGUUGAAAUCUAGAAUUAUGUGAAAGCCUACAAACUAAAUGGUGAAGUCAUUCCCUGACCUUCACCUGCUCUGGUCCAAGCCCGGACAGAUACAAGACAAUAAAUCGGGCUCCAGAAGUGAACAGCCCAAGAGCAUAUAGACCUGUUUUAGGGUUUCAUGAUGAAAUCAUACAGUGAAAAACCCAGUAUACCUUCCAGUGAUUCUACAGAGAAGACUGCAGUCAGCAAGCCUCCUUCUGCAGGAGCUUCCAAGUAGGUAUUUACUGCCUCAGUCUUAAAUAUAAAAAUCCUGGAUAUUUGAGGAAAGCCUCCGAAUUGAGACAGAAAUAAGAAGAAAUGCUAGAAGAAACAGACAAUGAAGGGAGCAGAAGAAAACGUCAGUAGAAUCAAGAUAUCCUUACAUAAAAGAGCAUUUUAUUGAACAAUGAGACAUAAAUAGAAUGCUAUAAAAGUAAAAACAGGAGCUUUUGGAAAUGAAAACUGUAAUAGAAGGAUUGAAAGGGAAAGUUAAGAAAUCUAGAAAAUAAAAUAACAAAGAGAUGGACAACAGUGGAGACAAAUAAGAAAACUAGAGUAUUCAUCCAGAAAGUGUAACAUCUUAAAUAAUGGCUUUAGAAAUAUAUACUAGAGAAAAUGGAAGAGAAGACAGUAUCUAAGGAAUAAUACAAUCAAUAUUGCCAAAGCAAAAGGGAUUUCUAUAUUAAAAGUUUCAUCCCUUUCACUAGAGCACACCAGGGAAAAAGAGAAGAUUCUGAAAUGAUUUAGAGAGGAAAUAAUUAGUUUCCAUACAAGAAAUAGGAAUCAGAAUGGUAUUGAACUCUUCAGUAGCAACAACUGAAUUACAUAUUGUCUUUAAAGAGCUGAUGGAAAAUUGUUUUAAACACAAAAUUCUAUGCUUAGCCACACUGUCAAUCAAGUGUCAGGCGAAAUAAAUGCAUUUUUCAGUCCUGCCUCGAAAAACUUACCUCCCCUGUACCCCUACUCAGGAAGUUACCAAGGAUGUGUUCCACUAAAUGAUGAAGUAAACCAAGAACAAGGAGGUGUGGGAUCCAGUAAAUGGGGUCUAACACCAGAAAGAAGAAAAGAAAAUCCUAGGUACGAACUGUAUAUUAGGUGUAGUGGGCAUCUAGUCUAGACUGGACUAGGAGGAGGAGGAAAGGCUCUAAGAAGUAAAUAUCUGGGAAGAAAUCAAUUACCUGAAUGUUUGAACAUUAAGUGACAAGUGACAUUGAAAAAGGUGUUACAGGUCUUUUGGUACAUUUAUGAAGAAUUAGCUAUUGUUAAUUUAUAAAAAAUGAAGCAAAUGAGAAAAUAUUUGCCAGAAAAAUUUAAAGUUACAUAUGGGAGAAACUGUAAUUCUAGUACACAGCCUGGCUCAGCAGUAAGUAGUAUUUAAAUAGUCAUCAUAGGGACUUCCCUGGUGGUCCAGUGGUUAAGGUUAUGUGCUUCCACUGCAGGGGGUGUGGGUUCAGUCCCUGGUGGGAGAGCUAAGAUCCCACAUGCCUUGUGGCCAAAAAACCAAAACAUAAAAUAGAAGCAAUAUUGUAACAAAUUCAAUAAAGACUUUAAAAAUGGUCCACAUCAAGAAAAAAAAAUAGUCAUCAUAAUUUGAACAUUGAAUGUUGGUUUAAUAAAAUUUCUAAAAUUUUAUAAAAAUUAUAAUAGAGAUAAAUACCAGAAGAUACUAAAAUACUAAGAAAACUGAGAGUAUUUGCCUCUGGGAAGCAGGACUGGUGUGGAAGAGAGAUAGGGCAGGAGGUUUUAUUUUUAGAGUAAGCUUUUUAUUGCUAAGUACAAGACUUUGUAAAUUAUGAGCAUACACUGCUUUGAUUACAAAAUUUAUUUUUUAUAAUGAAAUAUAUGACAUCAGUACCCAGAAGAACCAGAGAGAUCUAGAUUGGCCACAAUCCUGAAGAACUGGGGAAUUUAUCAUAUCUAUCAGGACUAUUAACUAAUGAGAUCAUGCUUAUAAUUUUGGUCAACACAGGGCUUUUACUUUCCUCUCAUUUGGUUAUCUUGACAACCUAUGAGUAUAGUAGGGCUCAGAGAUUAAUAACUAGCCUUUUCCUAAGCUUGUAAGUGAUGAAGUUGUGACUCAUACCAGCUCUUCCAACCCCAAGCCCAGGAAUUUGGGCAUGGUGAGGCACGGGAGCAGAAUGAGAACCAUUUCCAAGGAUGAUGGUGGGAGGCCACUGUGGCCUGGUUGCAGGAACAAGUCAGCAGACUAGGCAUCAACUCAGAGGAGCCUCAGCUGUAAGCCUUGUGGGACUGAACCGCUUGCGGGUGGGGCUGAACACAUAUGUGGGGGAAUUGUGGGCCAGCUGGAGAUUUAAAUACCUGGGUACGUCACCACUCAGACUGCUUCAGAGCACUUCACCAGAGAACAGAGGGCUUUGUACUGAGUGGGCCAUUCUUUCCUGAAUAAGCAAGUAUUCCAAUAUCAGUUAUUUAACUUUUUCAGCUGCCCAGAGUAAGGAACUCCCUCCUAAUGUUGGGAAAUUCCUCACUGUGUCGGUCUUCAUAGAAGGCAGAGCCCACCUCCCAGUGUAAAAACCUAAAAGGUCGGAUACUUGCUUUCUCAGCCUUCUCUGUUUAGGGCUUCAGCACAUGACCUAGGCUUUUUGAAUCUAGAGCUGAUGGCACAGAGAAUCAGGGACUGUAGAGAAUUCUUUCUGGAAGCAGGGUAGGAGUAGCAACACCUAGUGGAAAAGGAGAGAUGUCAGUGACAGUGGUGCCAGUGAUGGCCUUCACUGUCCAGGAGUGGUUUUGGCCAGGGUCCCAAGGCUGCACAAGGUACUCACUGGACUGUUUCUGUGGUGUAGUACUCACUUGCAGCUUUCCUUUGUUGUGUGUUUUCUGAGCCUGCUCUCCAACUUUCCCAGCAGCUCUGUACUCACAGUAUCCUUUCAAAUAAAUUCCGUUUCUGCUUAAGCCGACUAGAGUUGUUUUCUGUGGUUGCAGCUUAGAAGCCUAGUUCAUAACAGUACCUAUAUUAAAAAGACUAGUGUAUAAAAUUCCAAAAUAGAUGACUAGAUUGGAAGAGCCUCAAAAGAAGGACCAGGUGUUUGAUCACUGACUUUGCACAAUGACCUUAGCAUACACUGUGUAAACAGCUCUGAAAAUGUGAGAACAGUGAGAAUAUGCUAUUGAUUCAUAAUUUUUUUUAGUAAAAAUCCACUCUUGAGGAGAACUAUAGGUUUUCUCAUGAACUUUAACAACCCACAGGCCUACAGUAAGAACUUCUGUUUCCGUGUCAUAAAUACCAUUGACCUCAGAACAAAACAGCCCAGAAUUAGCACCAGCAUCUACAUGCAUAUUCCAGUCCAGGACAUUUUACAGUAAUAUGCUUUAAACUGCAGAUUUAUUUUUUCAUAUUGAUCAAAACUGUAUUAUUCCAUCUUUGGAAUAUGAAAUUUAUAACUUUAGUUCCAAAAUAGCCUCUGAAAUGCAUUGUCCAUAUUUUUAGUCAUAAUGCAUGUGAUUAUAUUUUAUUGAAUUAAAAAUCUAACAGAGAAACAAAGCAAUGACCUAAUUUUUUCCCUUAGCAACUUGGUCAGAUUCCAAGAGUGUGUGACUUGAAACGAAUGCAAAAUAGCAAAGACUAAGUGUCCCCACUCUAAGCCAUUCCCCCUCCUCCCGUCCUCUCCAUUGUCCCCACGUUGACACUCUUCCUUCGGUCUCGGUUUGGUUGAGCUGACAGUUCAUUUUGCUUCUGUCUGUAGUUGUUUCCUCUUCAGCAGAUUAGUCUGGAUAUACUUCCUAGAGAACAAUGGAGCUAAGUUAAAGACCAUUAUCAACAGAUCAGAGUAGUAAAUAUAGGUUUCAGUUAAAUAUGUGACAUAGAUGAAGAAUUAAUCUCAGUUUCAGGAAUGGCAGUUCAAAAGACUCAAGUUAUGCAUCUCUUAAUCACAAUAAAAUUUAGCUUACAAAACUUACUCAAAAUUGUAACAUGUAAUAUUUAAAAUAUUUAAUUGCACAUUUAAUUUUAGAACUUAAACCGUUUUUCAUAUAAACUAUAAACUCUUCACCUCUGACCCUCUACUCACACUUUUCUUUGGUUUUGUAAUAUCUUUGACUUUGUUCACUAAAUGUUCAAAUUCUACCCUUGUCUUUAAGACCAAACUCACAUGCUACUUCCCUUGUUUGGUCUUAGGCAUUAAAAAUUAAAAUAUUUUCUGCUUCUUGCAAAAUUCUAAAACAGUUUGAUUUUUCUUUUCGGUUUUUACAUCUUCUGACUUAUUUUGAAAUUAAGCUAUGUAACUGUUUCAUUUCCUCUACCAACUAGUAUCAACUAUAUUCUCUAAAGACAAGAUCAAAAUCUGGGUCAUCUUUGAAUCACCCAAAAAACCUAGCACAGGGCUUUGCUCCUGGUAGACUCUCAGUUAUAUAUUUUGAAUUAUGUUUUGUACCUAUGAAAACUGAGUACCUUUUUCUUUUAAAAAGGGGGAGGGGUAUAAUAAAUGUUUAACCCUAGAAGUUGCAAAUAAAAUGAAAGCAAUGAGCCUCAAUUGAGGAGAUAAAUAUGAAGUAUUAUUUAUAAAAGUAAAUUUAGAUGUGGUCCAAAUGAUGUAUAACUCUGUACUGUUAAACGCAGUUUUAAGUUAAAUUUCAAAUUGUCUCAUCAGCUCUUCACUUUGUUGGUCCAUUGAUGUGAAAUAGAAUAUCAAUUGAAUUUAGAAUAUUCUUGGAAGCCAGUCAAGGCUAUUAAUCUUUUGAAGCCAAAAAAGUUUAAUCCAAGUAUACUCUUACCUUUUGUUCUAAUUAUAAUUUAGAUCAAAGAACUAAUUAUGCAUCUAAAAUCUCACUAAUAAAAACAUAUUUACAGUAAUAAUGCAAAUAUAAUUCAAAAUGUUAAAGUAACUUGGAAAUUCUUAUUCUAAAUUAGACAUCUUUUUACUUCUUAUUUAUCCUGUUUUAUUAAAGGAAAAUAAAAUUGUAAAGGAGUUGCCAUUUUCUUGUUUAUUGAAAGUAGAGUGUUUCUUCACCCUUAUUUUAUAUACUUAGAAGACAGUGAGUGUAAAUACUAUGGAUUGUUAUAUGACUUUUUGAAUGUAAAUAUAAUAUACACCAGGCACUUUGCAGUCAUAGCAAGUGUUAUUUUAAAAUGCAUACAGUUUAUUUGAAGUAAAGUCUAUCAAAUGUCUGUUCCUUUUUAUUUAAAAUUAUGCGGAGUUUAAUUAGAAGCCUUUUCUCAACACUAAGUGCAACCUUUUUUCUGUAAUACUGAAAUUCCAAGGAUGCCACAGUGAAGGGAAAUGAAAUAGAGGAAGAUUGGUUUGGUUUGGUUUUUUUCCCCAACCCAAAUUGUGUGUUUAUUAUAGUCAGUGUCUAAGCAAUUGGAUUUAAUUUGAACUUUAUAGAUAUUAAUCAGAUAAAAGAUGAAAUGCUAUACUCAGGUCAGUAUGGAUAUGAACACAACACUUUGAACAACAGUACUACUUCUCUGGGAUGAGAAAGAGCUGAGCAUUUAUAUUAUUUAAAGAGCAUGUUGAAUUCUGGCCACUUGGGGGAUAGCAGAUAGCAUCCGCAGUGUAUUCUGAAACAGAGAUACUUGAUUUCACGUUAACAUUUUUUGAACACUGUUGCUAUACAAGAUGCAGUGCCAGGGAGAAGAGAAUUACAGUUUUCAAAUGCCGCUGUGUACCUAGCAGGCAGUUCAAAUAUGCUGAUUCAUGUCAUCUCCCAUUUGCUCAGAGGUUCAGAGAUAAAUAACAGUGCCCAAAUUUAAUGGUAUUUUAUAAAUACCGUUAGAUGAGGUUAUAUCUGUGUUCUAAUCCUGCCUCUGCCACAUACUAACCAUGUAAAUUCUGUCUGGGUUCCUCAACUUGAGCUCGUUUAUUCCUCUUCAUAGAAGUGCAGGCACCAAGCACUGUGCCUGGCUCACAGUUGGGCUUUAACAAAUGGUUUUAAAACUGGAUUACAUUAACUCUUAAGUAGACAAUUUCUAAAGAUAAGAAUUGAGUUAUUUUCCGUACACAUCAUUUGACAGCACAGUUCCAAGUUUGCGAAGUCUAAAAAAAUUACCAGAUUCAGACUUUUUUUAAAAACUGAUGCAAUUGCAAGAAACAUCCAAUGUUAGAUGGCAAAACAGCGCCAUUACAAAGAAUGGUCCAUAGAACUUGCCCUAUGGUGGUGGGCUAUUUGGUGUGUACUCCCAUUUUGCUUUGAUUCAGUUAUAGUUCCCUUUUCUCUUAGAAACACUAAGAAAAAUGGCCUAAAUUGUGGCCUUUUCCUAAAGCCCCAACUUAUUGUUAUUUUUCUGACUCUGCCAUCGUCAGAUUUUGACCUUCCUCCUAUACCUUCUUAUUGCCAAGGGGUGCAGAAACUAAUGCAGUCUAAGAUGCAGGUUAUACCAGUACAAGGAAAAGAGGAUUGGGAGAGGGCCUUAUUAGUGAGUUAGGAGGGGAAAUGACAGGAGGAAGAACCUCUGUAUUAUACAAGUAUCCUGGCUUUUCAAACUCAGUGUUGAGAUACAUAGUUGACGUUUCUGCCUUAAAACCAAAUAUUGCACUUAACUCCUAAAAUAUCCAGAGUAGAAGGACUCUGCCCAGAUACAAGUAUUCUGUCUACUUCUGGUUUUAAAAGUGGCUGGAGGAAACUAUUCCAGGAGUUAAGAUAGAUUAGAUGUUUUAGCUAUUACAGCAUGCAAAACAUUGAGCUAAGCUCUUUUUGUGUAAGACCUCCCUUAAUCUUUACAGUAGCUCGUAUGGUAGCUGCUAUCAUCCUGCCUGUUUUAGAGAUGAGAUGAGUAACUUAAGUUGUUACUUCCCCAAGACCACUUCUACUGAUCAAAAGGUGGACUUCAAAACAAGAAUUUACUGACCACCAACUCUAUACGCAGUAGCUAAGCUUCCUAUAUACUUUGGUUUUGGGGGGUUUUUUUUGGCCGCCCCGAGCGGCAUGCCAGAUCUUAGUUCCCCAGCAAGGGAUCAAAUCUGUGCCCCCUGCAGUAGAAGGGUGGAAUCCUAACCACUGGAAGGCCAGGGAAUUCCCUAUACUUCGUACUUUUAAAAAGUUUAUAGACAGUGUGUUUGGUAACAUUCAUAAGUAAACCAUUCCUUGUAACAACUUUAAAUUUGAAUGAAUUUAUUUCAAAAGCAGUGUAUGCUCAUUUUUGGAAAAAAAAAGGGAAUAGUACAGAAACAUAGCCUAAAGUGUAUUUUCACCUAUUACCACUCCUUUCCCCAAAUCCUUAUUGAUGACAUGCUUUGAACAGUUUGAGUUUCCUUGCAAACCUUUGCAUGUGUAUGAGUGUGUGUGUGUGUAUUUCACAUGCAUAUCUUGUUCUGUUGUAAUAUAAUAGUACCACACUAUACAUGUUAUCCUGUGUCUCGCUUUUUACAUACUUAAUAAACUUUGGGAAAAUUAUGUCGUUACAUA